CCCUUCUCUCGAGAGAGAGACCAUGCACCACACCGUACGUGUGUGCAUUCGUGAUUUUGCCCACUUUGGGAUUCCAGUCGGUCCGACAGAGCGUUGUUCUGUCUGACUUUCGCUGGUGAUGGGCAGGGAGGGCGCUUGGUGGGCGAGCCGGUGAGCUGGACUCCCGACUAUGGGGUCCUGAAGCAGAGAGACACUGCUAUUGUGACCCUGUAUGCCGAGAUCGACGCUGCUUGGCCAUGCGGAAGCGGGAUGGAUGAUGCAAAAGGGGGUACAAAAUGUAGGCAUUUGGGAUUCCCUGGCCCCACCCCCCUUUUUACCCCAACUUGAUGCCACAUCCUGCCUACAUCUCCACUCAGCGUGACGUUAGCGAGGUCGACUUGUACUCCUCCCUUCUACACCGACUGCCAGAGCCCGCUGCUUUUUGAUUCAAUACGCCAAACAUCAUGGUCGCCAUCGAUCGAGCAAAGCUUGCUGCAGUGGCUGCGGCCGCCGUCAGACUGGCCAGCCUGAACGGUACGGAGCAAAACCUAGAAAAGCGGCUUGAUCGAGGAUGGCAGCCAUCGUACGUGUUGGACGCUGCAAUCGGCUCGACGUGCAGGUACAACGGGAUCAAUCUCGACAAUCCCUUUCGCGAUCUAUUUUCCAACCCCAAGGAUGCCAAAGAAGGUGACCCUACAAAUGCGUGUGGUCCGCUAGCAUUCAACUUUUGGCAAGAGACAUCGCCGGAUCAGGAUAAUUAUGGCUCGGAGCGCGUCGCUGCUCUGGCAGAGGAGGGCCAGAGACAGAGAUCUGCUGUGGAUUGCGAUCGAGGAACUGCUGGUACCGGCCCAGAAAAUCAAGUGCUGGCUUUGGGCGGUAUCGGCUUUUAUGGAACGGAUGGGUCAAAGUCCAUUCGAAUACUUGGUCGAGCUGCCUCGCUUGAUACUGAAUUGAAUACGGUGCACUACAUCAAGCCUCAAGAGACGCUGUACGAGUUGCCUUACCCCACCUCUCGAAGCGCAUGCAGCACCUCGGACACGUUGUUCCCAUCGCCUGCUCCAACCUCUCCAUCCACGACUAUACAGCCACCGACCAGCGGUCCGACGCCGGCCCCAUCCAAGCGCGUGUGCAGCGCGCACAAUCUCUACAAGUCCUUCUACAAAAAGAAUGGCAGGUUGGAUCUGGACGCCUCGAUCGCGUACGUCAAGAAGAUUUACGCACAAAAGGCUUUCGGCAAGAGCGUGCGGGAUCAAAUGUUGAGCGUGAUCAGGUCCAAGAGGAGCGACGAGGUGAAGGUGAAGGAGCUGGAAAGGUUGGCUGUGCAGGCCGGAGACAAGGUGUACAAGCACGAGUACAGCUUCAAAGUGUGCUGGAGCGUUCCCGCUUAGUCCCAACCCUAACCCCCCCCACUCUUUUCUUCUGCGCGCCAAAUUUCCCAACCUUUCCUAGUGUUCCCCCCCCCCUUUCCCUUCCGCUCCUCUAUCGCGCGCCCUUGCUUUGUCCCAAUGGAAACUCGAAAAGGCGAGAAAGUUACCCCAUUUCCACCUCGCAUCUCUGCGCUCGCUAGCGAUAAAAUGUCACGCAACUUCUUGCUCUCGUCACCGCAAUUCCCAUUCCCCACCCUCCCGCAUCUCAAUUUCGCAAUCCGCAAUUUUCUGUAAGCCCAAGCC